AUGUCGCAGGCUCGAAUCUACGCUGAUGUUAACGUCCGCCGCCCUCGAGAUUACUGGGAUUACGAAUCUUUCACCGUUCAAUGGGGUGACCAAGAAGAUUAUGAGGUUGUUAGGAAAGUGGGAAGGGGAAAGUACAGCGAGGUUUUUGAAGGCAUAAAUAUCACGAACAAUGAAAAGUGCAUCAUCAAAAUUCUCAAGCCGGUCAAAAAGAAGAAGAUAAAGAGGGAGAUUAAGAUACUUCAGAAUCUUUGUGGAGAUUUUAAAGUCUUGUACCCGACGCUGACAGAUUAUGACAUACGCUACUACGUAUAUGAGCUUCUGAAGGCAUUAGAUUAUUGCCAUUCUCAGGGGAUAAUGCAUAGAGAUGUCAAACCUCACAAUGUUAUGAUUGAUCAUGAGCUGCGAAAACUUCGGCUCAUUGAUUGGGGCCUUGCUGAAUUCUAUCAUCCCAACAAAGAAUACAAUGUCCGAGUGGCUUCAAGAUACUUUAAGGGGCCUGAGCUGCUUGUGGACUUGCAAGACUAUGAUUAUUCUCUAGACAUGUGGAGCCUGGGUUGUAUGUUUGCUGGAAUGAUUUUCCGGAAGGAGCCUUUCUUCUAUGGCCAUGACAAUCAAGAUCAGCUUGUCAAAAUAGCUAAGGUCCUUGGUACAGAUGAAUUGAAUGCAUAUUUGAACAAAUAUCGUCUUGAACUGGACCCUCAACUUGAAGCUCUUGUUGGAAGGCACAGCAGGAAGCCUUGGUCAAGAUUUAUUAACUCAGACAAUCAACAUCUAGUUUCUCCAGAGGCCAUUGAUUUUCUUGAUAAACUUCUCCGUUAUGAUCAUCAAGAUAGGCCUACAGCCAAAGAGGCAAUGGCUCAUCCUUACUUCAAUCAAGUGAGGGCAGCCGAAAAUAGUAGGAUGCGGACACAGUAG